CUGUGGUUCCUCUUCCAAGUUCCAAGUUCUACCAUCACUAGUACUCUUUUCUUCUUGUUUUCCUCCGAACAUGGCAUAUACCCACAACGAUUUCUUUUCUUCGUUGAUUACCGAGAUAAAGACCUACAAUGGUAAAGACCCUCUUCUGCCAUGGCUCCGAGGUAUCCGUAAAAUGAAGGACUAUCUCCCGCCUCUGCUUCUCAAGGAGAAGCUCCCUCGAUUCCUUCAGAAAUGUGCUCAGACCUUUGAGGACGAUCGGCGUUACCGGAACGACAUGCGCUACCUUCGCGUUUGGAUACAACUGUUGGAUUUUGUGGACGACCCUCGAGCUCUUCUCAAGACGAUGGAGACGAAUCGGAUUGGAACGAAGUUGGCACUAUUUUACCAAGCCUAUGCCCUGUACUACGAGAAGCUCAAGAAGUUUGAGGAGGCUGAGAAAAUGUUCCAUCUGGGCGUGCAGAAUCUUGCAGAGCCUGCAGGUGAGUUGCAGAAAUCGUAUGAUAAGUUUCUCCAACGAAUGGAGCUAUACAAGAAAAGAAAGGCCAGGGAAGGAAGAAUUGCCAUGAGGCCCCUGACUGUUAGGGAUGCCUCUUCUCAACUGGGAAAAGAAGCUAGAGAAGAAAGUAGCAGAAUGGAAUGCGGUGCUUCAGCAACAGGGUCUAAGAUUUUUCCAACAGAAGCACAAAAUAAUUGUAAAAUUGUUGGGAACAAAAUGGAAACAGAAGAAAGCACUACUGCAGUUAGGAAUGGAAGAUUUGACCCUGAUGUUCACCUUCCUCCUAAUCAUCUCGGGAUUUUAGCAAACUCUUCUGAUGUUGGAAAAGUUAGUGAUCCUUCCAUAGAGAAGCAAACCACAGGAAUUGUCUGCCCCAAAAGUUCCUUCAAGCAGCAAGAGAACACUGGUGUGGAAUCAUUUAAGCCAAACACAUAUUGCAACGAUGACACAGUGGUGGUAAAAUUUGUAGAUACUGCCAUUGUUGGAAAGUCUGAAGCAGAAGAUGCCUGCCAUCAUGGGUUGGUGGAUCCAACAAUCAAUAUGAAGGAGGCCAUGAAUGCAAUAAACAACAUGUUUCGUGAACCUUUGGAUAUGCAGCCAGUGGGUAAGAGAAGAUCACAGAGAAACCAUUUUGAAAUAAAUAAUAAUGUGAAUAAUGGGUUUGAAGUAUUUGUUGAUGAAGGCUUUGAAAAUGGGGUUGGCUUGGCUGAUCAGAGCAAGGGAAGUGGUGAAUUGCGUACUCGGAAUCAUGUAGAUCCAACAUUGCUAAAGAAGCAUACUAGCAUUGAAACACGGAAGCCUCCCCAAGAAACCUUUAAGAUAUUUGUUGAUGAUGAAUGCGACGACAGUGGUGACAACAAUAAUGAAAAUAAUGGAUUAGCAUGUCAUGUGGUCGAUCAUUCCACUGAAGGAUCGUUGCUAUCUGAUCAAACUAUAAAUGCAUUUGUAUUUCCAGGUCCUAAGGAUCUCCCAUCCAAUGGUUAUGAUGAUCUGGAUGUACAGAGCUCACCUAAUAUGAAACUCAGGGAAGAUACAGUUGUCUGUAGGUUUGUAGGGUCUACCAUUCUGGAUGACCCGGAGGUUGAAAAUGCUUGCCACCAUGGCUUGGUAGACCCCACAAUCAACCUGAAGGAGGCUAUGGAUGACAUAAACAGCAUGUUUGGAAAGCCUUUAGAUUUUGUGAAGACCAACAGAUCAAAAAAACAACAUAAUCCACCAGAAAAGAAGAGGGACUCUGGAUUUUCCAUACUGCCUGAUGAGAACUUGGAAAAUCAACUACAGCAACAAGCUUCAUUGAGGCCAUCUAGCAAAUUGGGCAGCGAAUUUGAUUUAUUUGAGCCGACUGUGUGUACCAAGGAGGCCAUGGAUGAGAUAAAUGCGAUGUUUGGGAAGCCAUUGGAUUUCUAGGAACAUUCUCUCUUUACUCUACAGUACGGAUGUCAAUCACAGGUUCUGGUUUUCAGUCUACUUUCAUGGUGGCAUGGAGUUUGAAUCCAUAAACAUCUGGUUAUGCUAAUUGGCGUGGCUUUUUUUGUGUCAUCCAUCUGCCAAUUCAAAGUAUCACAUCCCGAGGAUCUAAUUGGUCGGUUUUCUCUUAGGUUCUCUAUUUUCUUUGCCAUCCAAAAAACCUUUGGAUGAUCCAAUUGAAGGGUCUGAAAGAUGUCCAACCAUGUUGUCAAUAUCAUUAGGGUUUGGUUAGCUUUUAGGUCUAAUGACUAUGAAGCACAAGCCUGCUUAUCAAGGUCAUGAUGAGUUUUUUUUUUUUUUUUUUUUAAUUGUAACAUGAUGAGGCAUGUCAUACCUUACUGCAGCAUAGGCAGCCUAGGUGAAUUGAUCCAUGUUCUGGAAUUUUAGUAUCAUCUGCUUAUCAUUGAUGAUAAUAAUGGAACAUUCUGCUGAAAAAAGAAAUAGAAUGAUGCAUCAGUACAA